AUGCCAUCUAUCUCUACGCUCGUCGCCCUAGCGGCCCUCACUACCACAGCUGUUGGGCAAUCGACAGCGACAGCUACACUCUUGCUCCCAGAUUGGUGUGUAACGCAGUCACAGCCUGCCGUUACUAUUCUGGGUGCUAAUUCCCUUACCACCUACUCUUAUUCAUGCUCAACCGAUACUGCAGCCAUGUCAUCUGCAUCAGCGAAGGCAUCAAAACUCGGAGAGUCGGCUCGACAAAAGGCGAGCGAAGUGCAAGCCUCUUUGGGGGUCACUGAAGCCAAGAACCCAAGGCCGACGGACGAUUCUAGAGAUAAUAUUGCUCGAUAUGCGCGCGGCCUCGUGCAUGAGCGAGACAGUUCGUACGAAUGUUAUGGUUUUGAUGCUUUCGACGCAUGCAUUCCUUGGGAGAUCACACAGGGCGAAAGCUUCUGGGCUGUCCAUUAUACCGCUACCGAUGUUGGUGGUGUAGAUCAAGAAUGUACAUUCGGAGAAGGAGGAGUACAAAACGGACCGGCUACAUGUACGGCCUCGGGAAGACUAGAUCCAAACAUAUGGGGGGACGGUGAUGGUUCACAUACUGAAACGUUCGCAAAAACCGAGGUUGAUGAUUUCUAUAUUCGCAAUACAGUCGUAGCGACAUUUGGCAGUCAAGCAGCUGGAACUAGCGGUGGUGUAUCCGGUUCAAUUACUCCCGCUAUUACGGGAACCGCCACGGCUACGGGAACCGCCGCUGCUGUAAACGUCGAGAGCCCGGGGCUUGCUGCUCCAAGAUCAGUUCCUACGGGAGCUAUGCUCAUGGUGGCCGGAGCAGGAGGCAUUCUUGCUGCAGCCAUAGCCCUCUAA